AAUUAUGGCAUAACACUAUUUCGAGAUAUCGUGAGGUAGUCGAUUCUUACCUUGCUAAGCUUGGCGCCACUACCUACCUAGGUAGCUUUUAAAGAAGAAACCCACUUACUAGCUAUCUAUUAUGUCUGCAACCCAACCAUCCAAUAUGGACGAAGAGCCGAUUGCGAUGGAGGAAAAGACGAUUACAUCCGACGAGAAGCCGGCCGUGAUGGACGAGAAACCAACUUCGCCCAGCGAGAAGCAUUCACCUUCAGCUUUUGACAAACUCCCCGACGAGAUCAUCGAGCAAAUCCUUCAAUUAACCGAUCCUAACUCGUUCGCAUCUCUCGUCCUACUAAAUUCGAAAUGGAGACGCGUUUCCCACCAAGCUCAUCUCUACGCGCAUCAUCUCCUACUAUGUGAAUCUUACGGUGCUAGCCACUCGAGUGUUCCCGGUGCGGGUGCGGAUGACGAGGAUAACCUUCCGAAGCUACAGCGCUUAUUUGCCCGCGAGGUGAAGCGAAACUUGUUCGAAGCAUACUUGCGACCACGAACCACCACGAUAAAACUCAUUUCGAAUUGUAUCGGCUCGUCUUCUGCCCCUGGUGGUGAAGGAAUGCAAUUUAGCCCUUCACCUAAAGGUCAUCAUAUUCUCGCAUAUAACUCGUCUCGAAUAUUCGUUUUAGAUAUCAGGGAACCGGAGCUGGCUGUGAAGCGCGAGUUUAAGAUAUUGCGCCGCCCAGCAGCUGCAUGCGUUCUAGACGAUGCUAGUCUUCUAGCAGUCUUGUCUACUGAUAUGCAGAUUGAUUUAUACGAUUUAAGCAAGGUUCCACCUCGCCGAUUACAAUCACUCAUCUUGGAUAACUCACCCCGCGCUAUUGCUCUGUCCCCUUGUGGAAGUGUUCUAGCUGCUGCAUACGAAGGCGGCAUCGAAGUGUCCUCAAUAAGCCCCGGGGCCCUGCCCACGGAUAGGAGAGCCGUCAAAUGCGAUGGCGUUGAUUCUCUUGCCUUCUCCUGUGAUGGAACACAAUUACUGGGGACAACGACAACGUCGCAUACACCUAAUACCGUUAUUUUAACUGCGCCAUACUACGAUCCUGGGAAUCAAAUGUCUGAGGAGAAUAACAUCAGUGCGCUAUGGACGACUUCUAUUCUCUUCCCGAAUACGAGUCGAGACUGUAGUCAUGCUGUGCUAUUGCAAGAAUCAACCUCGAUGGAAGCCACAUGGACGUUUACUUACGAUAGAAGUUUUGAGACAUUCCGUGCUGUGCGGAUCGACGAUCUUCGUAACGGAACGACAUAUUUCACUGGUCCCUGUCCUAGUUCCCCUUCGCCUGGACCUCUGUUGCCCUGCACCUUACCUGCCGCUAAUUAUCAGGGAGACCUCGUAUCUGCAGGGUUCGACGGGAACGAUGUUUGGUUGUAUGGAGUACCCGAAGAUUUGGAAGCCGUACCAGAGAAUACCCAUACAAUGUUGGAUCCGAGUGGAACGCCUUCGCUACAACGAAUGAAUAGCGGAAUAUCGGCUCGAUCCUCUGCGCGAGUGCAGGAGACAAGCGACAGUCGAGUUCCCCAAUGGCAAAUCCUCUGCGAUAAGCUUCGAAAUACUUUUGUGAGCGGACGUAAGGUUGCGCAGAUGUCUGGUGUUAGUACUGUGAAGUGGGUUUCUGGCUUUGGUGAUACGUCCUUGAAGGAACGUCUAGUUAUUGCUGCUCGAGGUGUUAUGCCUCCUAAACUCGUAACUGAGGAAGAUGGCAUCGAUUUUGUGGAUGGCGGUAGGGUUACCAUCCUCGAUUUUGAUUACGGUCUAGAAGACGGUGAAGAGAAAGAAAUAACUAUCGAAGUUGGCUCGGAGGAGCCUGAAGUCUUGGAAGAAGAGCAUCGUGAUAUCGAUACGGAGGUUGCUAUUGUCAGACGAAGGACGCAGCGGAGGGGUAACAAUAUGAGCCGUAAUAGUAUGAUGUCGAUAGCGGCAUCUACAUCACGUCAAGUCGAUGCUCUACUUCGGCCAUCAACGUCUCAUGUUGACGAGAUGGAAGAUCCGCUGGUGCCACGACCGAUGGCUACGGCACGUCGUGGUUCUCGUCCGGCGCUCGAAGAAACGGAAGACGUCUCUUUGGAGGAAGCUCAGGAAGCGCUUGAUGCCCCAUAUGCUCACGCCAACCCACGAUCUGGACCAACGUUACGACGUGCUGCAACGGCUGCGGCCGUUAAUCGGCGUCGGAAUCCACAACCCGCUGCGGCUGGUCGAGUUGAGUAUAGGCGUGCUGACGGAAGGGCGGAGCAUCCCCACGAGAGUGAUGCCGACAAUUGGGUACCUCCCCCACCUCCGUAUACGAAGGAAGAUCCUGGCGAUUUGCCCGCCUUCAUGCGCCACUCAGCAAUUCCUGGUGUUGGACUCUUGACAAACAAUAGAGAUCACAUCCCCCCGGUUCCUCCUCUUCCGUCUUCUAUUCCUCCCGUUCCACCUCUACCAUCGUCAAUUCCGCCUGUGCCGCCUCUUCCAACGUCUAUCCCACCUGUCCCAGCUAUCCCUCUACACCAUAGACAUACAACUCGCGGUUCAAAUUCCAGCCGCCCAGAAUUGCCACGUCUUCAGACAUCUCCUUUCCAAGGAGAAGGGGCAUCUCGUAUGUCUUGGAAUCCUCAUUUCUCGCAACACAGGGCUGCACAUAGCGCUGUCAAUGUCACCAGAUCUGCUGUACCAACUGGGGAGUGGUCGCAUAGGCCUGUAUCUAGACAAUUUUUCCCGCAACACGACCGUCCAGCACAGGAUGAUGUCGAUGAUAUUUACGAUGUAUCCCCGGUCGGAACGCCUUCUCGAGCUACAAGCUCGCACGUAUCUGAGGGUCCGGCUAUGGCAAACGUAACUCCAGAACGGCCUAGCCCGUACCCGCAAUCUAUUGGAGUGCAGUCAGCAGGACCGGAAUUUACACCAACAUCGUCAAGAUCGCAUCCGUUCAUGGAGAGUUCGCGCCCAGGUUCAGCUAACCCAUACGCAUUUGAUCCUACUGUUCCACCACUACCAGUAGCGAAUCUGGAGAGGUGGAACAGUGGGCAAAGUGGCUCUAGCCCAGUAGUCGGUAGACUUCCGAACGCCCAGACUUGGCCAAGAGCUCCGGCUCCCCCACAAUCCGAUUCUGGUUCGUUGGCUUCACUGAACGGAUAUCCCCGUUCCGCGCCCGCAUCGAACCAAAACAACGAGGAUAUCAUCACUGCCUCUUUACCACCAGCUCCUCACCCGGAUCAAUUGGCACGAUUGCAUAGAAGACAAGACAGCACCGGUGCGCCGAGGCCCGCAUCAGGUAGCUUCCAAUUCCCGCGUGUACCUGUGGGUAGUCGAAGCCAAAAUCGAGAUUCUCGACGAUAUAGUGGGAUCCCAGAAGCGCAACAAUCACCACCGCCACCGGGCCCAGAGCAGCCACUUAUCAUAAGCACACCAACUGGUGUAACUGGUGCUUUCGAUGCACCCGGUCAGCCCGAGAUGGGUAGGUCACUUACGGAGACAAUAUUGCAUGCGCCAGUGCCACGCCAUCCUCGACCAGUAUCAGGAGCUCACCUGUUGCGGCCUACUGUCGAGCGUCUCGAAACCAUUUCUAGUGCUUCAAACGGCCCCCCUCAUAUCUAUCCACCAGGGCCUCCCUCUUCACAACUUCCAUCAACGCCACUGCGCCACCAUACUAGUCUAAACCGUCGGCAAAGUCGUGCACGAAGAGGAGCAUUGAAAAAUAUACAAGAUGCGAAACUUCGAGGGUGGACGGGACGAAAGAAGAAACAAAAGAAAGAUGAACCUUGGACAGAUGUGACUUGGGCAUCACUGGCCCCUAGAGGUCAAAAUAAAGACAGAAAGUGCAUCGUGAUGUAGAAAAGGUGUGGGUGUAGGUUGCAUAUAUGUGGCGCACAACAUGAUUUUGAAUCUAUUUAACAUCAUCUAUGUUUGGUUUUUAAUCUUGGACUAAUACCCCGAAGUUUUCAUAGCAUCUAGGAUUUAAGGAGAAGGAAGGAGUAUUAUCGUGGUGGAUGUUAGGCAGCGUAUGCAUUCACUCGAAUUUUGGUUUUCCUGAA